AUGUCGUCCGCACUUACUACAACCGUCAAUAUCAUUUCCGUGGCCAUUUACACUAUGGUGAGACCAACCGGGUCAGUCAUAGACGCAAAUCCCACUGCAACAACAAUCGGGCUGGGGUGCCCAAGGCACGAGAACAUGGAAUGUAAUCAGAACUAUACCAAUACCUUCGUGGUCGGGCCAUGGGCCAGUACAGUCGUUCCAGAAGGACUGCCUUCUACUGGAACGUUUCGAUGGUAUUUCGAAAUUGAAAGGGAGGCAAUAUCGUAUGAGUGUCUCAUGAGCUCUGGUAUACGCAAGACUUGCACUGGGCUUCAAGUUCCGCUAGGUUAUACGAGGUGGGAUACAGAGAGGGAUUGGACACGUAAUAGCUGGACUGUGACAGAGACGGAUGAAAUGCUGGAUACCAUUCAGUUGCCGAUCGUCCUCACGUCUGGCCAGGAGCAGCUGGGAACUGAUGUUCAAGCUACACCUACAGAGGAUGCCAGCGAGAUCUCUGCUUCACUACGAAAAGCCACGACUGAAACCUUUCCUCCAGUCACCCCGACCUUUUUCAUUUACGAUGCAGAGGAAUAUAUGAUACAUACACCAACGGGCUCAGUCGUAAGCGCUAAUCCCACAGCAACCACCAUCGAACUGGGAUGUCCCGUCCAGUCCAAUUGCCCCUAUGAAUACAGCAACACCUUUGUCGUCGGGCCAUGGGCUAGUACCGUCGUUCCGGAGGGUUCACCGUCGACAGGCACCUUUCAUUUUUAUCUUGCUAACAGUCACUGGGGAACAGCCCUCUCUGUGGAGUGUCUUAUGAGCAGCGGCAUGCCUCAGACAUGCACGCACUUGGUUACAGAGAUGCAAACCAGGACUUGGAAGGGCGGAGAUAUUUAUGGGGGCCCAGUCACUGAAACCGCGACAAAUAUGAUGCCAGGCGCGACGUUGGCAACGCAGUUUAUGUACAUGUCAAUUGUUAUCACUGCUGGUCAGGAGCUACUUGGGGAAGCUACAACAACUUCAACUGAUACAGCGUUACCGGAGGAGACGAAUGGGGUUGGAUCGAGUGCUGCCUGUAUUGCGGGUGUUGUGGCCAUGGCUGUGAUUGCCUCUCUUAUCAUUAAAUAG